CAUUUAUUUACGAAAAUGCCAUUUGAUUGGGACAAUUUUCCCAAUCAACUAUAUUAUCUCGGAAAAGCUCCACUACUUCGAUCACUCACUCUUCCUCUCUCCUCCUCCAUAAUGUCGGACUCGGAUCCCGAGCCAUCGUCGGCGAAACCCCGCUCAAUCAGCGGCACCGAAAACAGCUGGUGCAAGGCGGCAAGCGGCGGCACAGGAAUAACAGUACUAUCUCUCCUCUUCAACAAACACCCUAAUUUCACUCGUCUCCAAAAUGCUCUCCACAAACUCCAGAAUUCCCACCCAAUCCUCCGCGCCAAACUCCACUUCGAUGCUCUCACUGCCACUUUCUCUCUCCUCAUACCUCAUUCCUCCUCCCUCCGUCUCCAGUCCUUGGAUACUCAAUCAACGGCCCGGAUCAUCCAAUCUCAAUCCAAUGUGGGCCCCACUGAUAUCACCCCCUUCCAGAUCCUUCUAGAACAGGAGCUCAACAACAACCCCUGGGAAAAUCUCGACCGUUCAUCAGAAACUGAAGGUAUUGAUGUCUUGCACGCGAGUGUGUAUGAGAUUGAGGAAGGAGAAAAAUGGGCGGUGAUGAUGAAGCUUCACACUGGGGCAUGUGAUCGGACGGCGGCGGUUGCGGUGAUGAAGGAAUUGAUGUGGUUGAUGAAGAGUGGUAGUGGGUCCCAGGGAGUUGUGGAGGAAGACGGAGAAGUGGGGUUGGGGGUUGAAGAAUAUAUUCCGAGUGGAAGGACGACUAAACGGUUCUGGUCUCGUGGGGUUGAUAUGCUGGGUUACUCGCUGAAUUCCUUUCGGUUGAGUAAUUUGGAGUUUGUUGACCCGAGUUCGCCUCGGCGCUCAAGGGCGGUACGGUUGCUGUUGGAUUCGGAUCAUACCACCAUGCUACUUGAGGGAUGCAAGUCUAGAGGGAUUAAAUUAUGUGGAGCCCUGUCAGCAGCGGCUUUAAUUGCUGCACGAUUGUCCAAAUGCCUUCCUGAUGGUGAAUGGGAGAAGUAUGCUGUGGUGACACUGAUUGAUUGUCGUAAACUUCUUGAGCCUGCCCUUUCUAGCUAUCAUGUUGGAUUCUACCAUUCUGCCAUCCUCAACACUCAUGACAUGAAGGGAGGCGAGGAGCUGUGGGAACUCGCGAGAAGAACCUACACAUCCUUCGAUGAUGCAAAGAACUCAAACAAGCACUUUUCAGACAUGGCAGACCUCAACUUUCUUAUGUGCCGGGCCAUUGAAAAUCCAGGUUUGACUCCAUCUUCUUCCCUGAGAACCUCCUUUAUCUCAGUCUUUGAAGAUCCAGUGAUUGAUGAAACGAAUGAGAACCAUGAGGAAUUAGGGAUAGAGGAUUACAUGGGUUGUGCUUCGACUCAUGGUGUGGGCCCAUCCAUUGCCAUAUUCGACACAGUAAGGCAAGGCAAGCUGGAUUGUGUUUGUGUCUAUCCAUUUCCAUUGCAUUCAAGAGAACAAAUGCAAGAAUUGAUUGAUAAUUUGAAGAAAAUCCUUAUAGAUUGCUUGUGAUUCUUUGGAGAAAGUAGGCCUUGAUAAAACCUAGUUGACUUCUUAAGGUUAUCGUCCAUACAAUUAAGGGAGAAAUGUAAAUUAUUCAUCAUUCCUUAAUCGUUCGGUAGUAUAUUGCUGCAAUUUAUGUGAUGGUCAUCCCCUGUUGUCUAGAGGAGACUUUUCGUACCCCUUGUCACGGCACUUGCCCCUCCCUUUAGAAUUUCUAUAUUGCUCCCACGAAGCAUAAACCCUUCUAUUUGUUCGUCU